AUGAUGAGCGACGUGUCCCAGGCACAAGAUAGCUGGCAACCCGCUCUAGAAGAAACUCUCAAGGUCAUCAAGGGUUCCCAGAAUGUCGAAAAGGACAUUCUGGUUGAAGAUUGUAUCUUUCGACUGGAUCUUGUCAAACAUCAUGGCCGAGGUGAUGUCAACGACUAUUUGUUGCGAGACGUCAGUCAGCAAGCCACAUUUCCUGAUGUCGUCAAAAGAGAUGAGCAUGAGAAGAAUGUCGAAGCAGAGAUCAAGGCUCGCAAAGAACGAGAAAUGGAGGAACGAAAGGCGCGGGAAGAGGAGCAGGGAGAUAGUGAAAGCAUCGGCACAACAGUGAUGCACGUUAUGCUUCCAUUUUCAAACUUUUUCUAG